AUGUAUUCCUUACAUGUUCUCGCCGCUGUCUUUGGCCUCUCUGCUUCAAGCUCUGCUGCACCUCUCGUCGCUCGUCAAUACCCAAUUAUCUGCACUACCGCCGCCGGCGAAACGUCCAAUACUCAAGCUACCAUUGCUAUCGAAGCAUUCUUCGGUACAACUUGGGGGCAAGGCCAGCAGACAUUCCAGAUCAAUCCUUCAGGUUACCGGCUCACCGUAGAGGGCGCAACAAUUGGCGUGGGCGUCACUCAGGCUGGUACCGGUGAGAGUCUGGACAUUGGCGUCCCAAACUUGAUCAAUUACUGGAACGCUAUUAAUGCCCAAUGCUCGGAGCAGAGUGGAGGCGACGCAUCUGGCUACGUUGUCCUAUCCGAGGACAGUAAUUAUGCCGCAUAUAUUAACUAG